AUGCCUUCUCGCAGGGAAAUCCUGCCCGACGUUGGUGAUGUCACGCCUUCCGUCGCCCCGCGUGGGGGACUCUCCGUCAUCAGCGAUAUCACACUCUCCGCCGCCCCGCGUCAUGGGAUACUCUUCCUUGUCAGCUGCGGCGCGCCUUCCGCCGCCCCGUGCCGUGGGGGAUCCUUCGUCGUCAGUCACGCCGCGCUUUUCGCCGCCCCGCGCAGUGGGGGAUUCUUCACUGCCAGCCGCCUCACGCCUCCCGCCGCCCCGCGCAGUGGGGAAUUCUUCCUCGUCAGUCGCGCCAUGCCUUCCGCCGCCCCGCGCAGUGGGGGAUUCUUCGUUGUUGCUGAUGUCACGUCCUCCACCGCCUUGAGCAGGCUGGGGUUCUUCCCCUCCAUACUCGUCGCCCUGCUCGCUGGCGACAUCCAUCUCCAUAUCGCAUCGUGGCGCUCUUGA